CGGAGGCUGGAGGCAGUAGGGGUGCCAGUCCACACUGAGGCGUGACGUGGGGAGGAGUGCUAGUGCCAGACUGACCCUCGCCCGAAGUGCGCGCGAUCUUCUAAAGUUUGAGUAUCACACAGCCUUAACCUAAGUGCCAGAAGGACUCCGCUGUGAGCCUGUAGAGAGAGAGAGAGAGAGAGAGAGAGAGAGAGAGAGAGAGAGAGAGAGAGAGAGAAGGAUCACGGACCCUGAAUGUUUCACAAGAACGGACCGAAACAUAGUAAGCGACUCGUUAAGGUGAGUGUCCCGCCGGCCACAUCUGACCAGUUACUGCCUCGCUUACACUUCCUCUGAACAGAGGCAAAUGUAGCGGCUGCAGAUGUCCUCCACGUGUGCUCAAGACAGCCUGCAGUUUUCCAUCCUAAAAUUGGCUUGACUAAAGAAGAAGGAAGAGGAAGAGGAGGAAUGAGGGUGCUGGAGGAGGAAAAGGAAUGUGAGGAAUGGGGAAGAAUGCCAGCCUGUGAUGGACCGUUGGUGCGCGAGGCCCAGGCGGUGAUGAGGCGGCCGGUGGGCGUGAGUGGCGGGGAAGCUGAGCCCAUUCCUGCUUGCCACAUACCCCUCACCCCUCUGCAGGCCGGAGCGGACCCGACGUGCGUGGUGGCCGCACACCACCCCACCCACCACCACACCGCUCACCGCAAACAUGGUAUUCGCCCCGUGGCCCGCCGCACGCGCUCCUCCCCCGCCCCAUGGACCCCUGGCCUCCCCGCAGAGCCCUUGGACGUGCGGCUGCUCUCAGGGGGCCCAUCCAGGGAGCGGGAGUCCCCACAUGACACCCAUUGCGAAGACUCCGGCCCGCCCACGCUGGGUGACGACCUGCUUCACCGCCCAUGCUACUGCGCCCACUGUGUUCCCGCCUCCACAUCUGAAAGACCGGUGGAAGUUGACUCAGCAAGUGCAGGAGGUUGUGGUAGUGGUGGUAGUGGUGGAGGCGGCGGUGGCGGUGGUGGUGGUGAAGGUGGUGGUUGUGGAGGGGAAGGUCACCACAGAGCUGCCAGUCACGUGACCUCUCUUGACCUGACCAGGAGACAUCUACUUCAGGCCUCUGAUUCUCAAGACCACGAGAGCGGCGAGAACGGCUUCCUCUCCCCUGGCAGCCUAAGAACAUCCCUCGCUGACGACGCCUGUUCUGAAAUCCUUCGCUUGGAACACAGAGACUCGGAGGAACACCCGAAGAGGAACACCCUUGCUAGGCUCCUCUCUACGCUACAGACUCUCCGGUCGUGGGCGUCAACCAGCCAGCAGCAGGAACCGGAGAGGCCAGACAGUUUCCUGGAGAAGAUGGCUAUGGCGGGCCAGAUGCGAGAGUCAGAUGACACCACACACACUUUCUGCUGCGGUUUGCUUCCUGGAUACUUCGCCAUCGAUACCACCAAGCCAGCUCAUUACAAGUGGCUGUUUGUGAUGACUGCUGCGCUGCUGUACAAUUGGGUCAUGAUCAUUGGCCGUGCUGUGUUUUGGGAGCUGCACAACCUUAGUCCAGUGCUGUGGCUGUUCCUCGAUUACAUUUGUGAUGGCAUUUACUUGGUCGACAUGGGAGUUCGUGCUCAUGAAGGCUAUCUGGAGCAGGGUCUGAUGGUGAAGGAGCCCACCAAACUUAGGAGGAAUUAUGUUAAGUCAUGGAACUUCAAGCAAGACGUGACCUCCAUCCUGCCCACUGACUUGUUCUACCUGCUGACUGGAACAGGAGGCGACCACCAUGUACCAGGACCUGUGCUUGUCAGAAUCAACAGGUUACUUAGAUUUCCUCGGAUGAGCGAGUUCUUCAACAAGACAGAGACACGCACCAACUUCCCCAAUGCCUUCAGGAUAUGCAAGGUGGUACUGUACAUUCUCAUCAUCAUCCACUGGAACGCCUGCUUCUACUUUGCCAUCUCCUAUGGGAUUGGCUUCAGCACCGACCGCUGGGUGUACAACAACACUUUGCAGGAGAGUAGAACCUUCUCCCACCAGUAUAUAUAUAGCUUCUACUGGUCCACCCUCACCCUCACCACCAUCGGGGAAACACCACAGCCAGAAAAGGAUGUGGAAUACCUGUUUGUGGUGGUGGACUUUCUGGUUGGGGUCCUCAUCUUUGCAACCAUUGUCGGGAAUGUGGGCUCCAUGAUAACUAAUAUGAAUGCAGCAAGGGCAGAGUUCCAGAAUCGGAUGGACGGAGUGAAACAGUACAUGGAGUUCCGAAAAGUGUCCAAAGACUUAGAGACCAGAGUCAUCAAGUGGUUUGAUUACCUAUGGAGCAACAAACAGUCUUUGGAUGAGGAGGGGGUCCUCAAGUCACUACCAGACAAACUCAAGGCUGAAAUCGCCAUCCAUGUUCACCUGGACACUCUAAAGCAAGUCCGCAUCUUCCAGGACUGUGAGCCUGGCUUGCUAGUGGAGCUGGUACUGAAACUCAAGCUGCAGGUGUUCAGCCCAGGUGACUUUGUGUGUCGCAAGGGUGAUGUGGGCAAGGAGAUGUAUAUAGUGAAGAGAGGGAGGCUGUCCGUGGUGGCUGAUGAUGGCAAGACGGUCUAUGCCACACUUGGGGCUGGCAGUGUGUUUGGGGAGGUGUCAAUCCUGAACAUUGCCGGAAACAAAACUGGCAACCGAAGAACAGCCAAUGUAAGAAGUGUUGGCUACUCAGAUCUCUUCUGCCUCUCCAAGAAUGACCUCUGGGAUGCCCUGACAGAGUACCCUGAGGCAAAAAAGUCCCUGAUGGAGCGAGGCCGCCAGCUGCUGAUGAAGGAUGGACUGCUGGACGAAGAAGGGCUCAAGGUAGCACAGGAGCAGCAGGAAACCUUAUCAGAGAAAGCUAACCGCCUUGACACAGCCAUUGACACCCUCAACACCAGACUGGCACGACUACUGGCAGAGUACUCCAGCACCCAGCAGAAGAUUAAGCAGAGGCUCACCCGAAUAGAGCGGCGCCUUGAGUUUGAUCUGGACGCCAUGGUGCCCUCCUCACCCAGACUGAGUCCCAACAUCACCCUAUCCCCCAGAGGUAGUGUUUGCCCCUCACCAUUCCAGCUGGGGGCUGCCCCUUCCUCCCGGCCCAGAGAGCAUACCCCCUCCUCUGCCCAUUAUGCUGGGGAGGGUGACUGCUCCAUCUCUGGCUCAUCCACCCUUCAGGAUAACCUAUACUCAGGCCACCGUCCCCUCACCCGUGCUGGCAGUGCACAGCAGCACCCACCCAGCCAGCAGAGCACCUCCCUCCCCUUUGCCGCACCCAACACACACGUGCCUCCAUCACCGCCACGCAGGGACACGAUAUAGUGCCCUCUCACACCACUGUGUCUGUCAUAUCACAUGCUGCUGUCUCUCCUUUACCACAUUUUUAUUCUCAAGAUAUUUUAAAAUGCAUGAGUUCUUUUAUGCACCUAACGUCAAAGUAUGCAAUCUUCUUUAUGAUGUUUUUGCAGCACGUACAUUUUUCAUACAUACAUAGGUUUUAAUGGCCUGCAGAGUUAGUUGCCCAUGAAAGUAAUGCCUUGUAAAUGCCAUUGGUUUGUCUUGCGCAUUGAGGUUAAUGUCUUGAUUUGUCUCAUGUACUAAUGUGUCAUCCAUUCACCUCAGCACACUGUGUUUGACAAAAUGGUCUCCCUCACCUUAGUCUUGCAAUUGCUUCACCAAAUAUCAAAUCAUUUUCAGAUCUUUUGUCCUUGCCUGUGUAUUUCUCAAGCCUACAGGAGCUAUUCAUUCAUACAAGAUGAGCCAGCAUUCAUGUAUCUUCAGGUAGUGAUGCUGAGUGAGGAAAAGUGUAAGGAAAUUAUCAGGCAUCAGGUGUAGGUGUUAUCAGUACAUACCAUAGGCUCUUCGCUGGUCACCAGAUAUUAGGCUUAUCAGGAUUGGGACCUGGCAGGGGUAGGGUCUUUUUUAUCUUGAAUGUAACCAACGCACAAAGUGUACUUUUCAAUUUAACUUCUCGAAGCGAGGAACAUUACGACUGAGACACACUCACAAACACAACAAAGAAAAAGCUUCCUAUUUUCCCUGAGGUGUUGAAUUAGGCUGUUAAUAUAUUUUUUAUUUGAAGGUGUGUGUGUGUGUGUGUGUGUGUGUGUGUGUGUGUGUGUGUGUGUGUGUGUGUGUGUGUGUGUGUGUGUUGUAACUUUAAGCCAAAUACAGUAGUAAUUAUCUCUUGAAAAUGUUACCUUGAAAAUGCCUUUGGGAAGGUAACAUCUUAUUAUUAUUGUUUGUAUAUCACAGAAAAAGCAUUUUGUUUUUUCUUCCAGAGUAAUAAAAUUAUCUUUCACAUUAUAUGAAUAAAUACAAGCAUUAUUUUCUAUGUAAAUACAUACACAUAUGUAGUAUUACAUCUGUAACUCGAGUACAUACAGGGUUCAGUAACUCUGCUUACUUACUUUAUUAUUUCUCUCAAUCUUUUUUGUUGUUUGCUUUCUGUUACUGGCAUAAUAAUAUUGAUGAACAUAGCUGAGCAUGAUAAUAAGAAAAAUGUAUCAAGAUAGCUGACAAGUUAAUAACAAUAACAUUAUCGGCAAUAGCUGAUAAUUGAUAACUGGUGAUCAAUUUACCACCAAAUGAUUUAUAACAAAUAAAUCAAUAAAUCCAAAGUUCUGAUACUAGCGAUAACAAUAUUGAUAUUUUGAGUAAAAAAAUUAAUACAUCCAAGUCUUUAUUUCUAUCUUUAUUUUAUAAAAACUUGGAAAAAUUUUGAUGAAAACUUUAAAUUCAAUGUUUAUCUUGUCUCUUUACUAUUAAAGAGUAAUGUUUUAAGUAAAAUUACUAUACAUGUAUGUAUUUGAUCUUAAAAAUUUAAAACUUCAAUAUAUGCAUGUUCCAAAACCUAAAAUUAUUGAUUAUCACUAGUUUGGAAUCAAAACUAUUGUUGAUGCUAAUAAAUUAAUAAAGUGGGAAAAAUAAUGAUAUGGUAACGUGGUAUUUUUAUUGCAAUAAAUCACAAUAAUUUACUGCAAUAAUGUCCACUUAUGUUGAUGAUGAUGAUUUGUUUUCAUGCUUUAGCAAUAUGAUUAUACUAGUAUGUUUCAGUCAUGAACAUGUCUGCUGUAAUACCUCUUAGGUCACUCCAUAAAAGUACUGGAAUACUGAUCCACAGAUGAGAGCAAUCUUUAGCCAUCAGAGCUAUGGACAGGGACUGGAUCCCCUCCUAGAGAACAAACGUGCAGCAUCUUAGAUGUCUGGACCUUGGCAGUUGUGAGGCUCUAAGAGCAAUUUUGUUGUUUGCCCUCCUGGUCACCACACUAUUUCAUUCAGUAUCUUAUAAUUACAGGACAGCAUAUUUUCAAAAUCUUCAAAAAUCUUUUUCAUAGAAUUUUUUUUCCUUUUUAAACAAUGUGAAAUUUUACGGGUAGAGUUAAUGAUUGAUGCACUAACACUCACAUGGUGCCUGGCCCAGCACCAUGUGGUACAGUGGCCAGCCUAACACCACCAUGUGGCACAGGGCCAUUCUGGCACUACCAUGUGGCAUAGUGUCAGUCUGGUAUCAUCAUCAUCAUACAGCAUAGUGCCCAGCCUGGCACCAGAAAAUGGUACAGUGCCACCCUAGUAUCAUGCAGUGCUGUCGCUGGUUGUGCUGGGCCAGUGUGUGUUGCGUGUUGCAGCAUAUGUAGAAGGAGUCAUGACUCAGUGUGUGCUCUGCCACUACUGUGCCACUGACAUCUCACAAAGCAUUCACCUUCCAAACAAUUUUUUGUAACAUACUGUGUUUUCCCCGAGUGCUAAAUCUUCCAGACUUGCAUGAGCCACAUGCGACGACUGCACACGUGGCUGCUCAGGUGUUGAUUUGGUGACUUGAGAUUCAAUGAGAAUGAGAUUCUUCCUAAUGAGCUGCACAUAUGUUCACUUUUGGUCCAGGAGAACUGUGCACUUCUUUUGGGAGAACACAAUAGAGAAGCAGGCACUUCCUGAGGAUGGACCUGCUGUGUUUGAUUGAGGCUGUGUUCAUGGAUUGUUUCAUUGCAUGACAAAUUCAAAUGCAUUGACAUAAUAUCAUUUCAUUCCAAAGACUCAAGCACGAAUAUUGUUACUAUGAACUUUCUUGUACUCAUACAUACAUCAGUUUCAUGUCUCAUUUUUAAUAGUUAAGAUUAUAUUCUAGUUUGAAGUUAGGGUAACUUUGUGACAUGCCUUUUAAAGUGUAUUCCUUAGGGUUAUGCAAUCUUAGCCAUGAGGUGCAGACUUGUUACACUGGCUCACUGUGGCACACGUAUUGUACCUCUGCAGAACAUGUUGAUAUUACAACUAAAUGUAGGUUAAGGCAUGCAUUGGUUACACAGAUAUAGAAUAUAUAUAUAUAUAUAUAUAUAUAUAUAUAUAUAUAUAUAUAUAUAUAUAUAUAUAUAUAUAUAUAUAUAUAUAUAUAUGAAUAUAUGAAUAUAUAUAUAUUAAUGUAUGUUGAAUGUUACAUGAGAAAUGUUAACUAUAUAUUUUGCACAGAGCACACCAAGCCUUGUCUAAAUAAUAUAUAUAUAUAUAUAUAUAUAUAUAUAUAUAUAUAUAUAUAUAUAUAUAUAUAUAUAUAUAUAUA